CCACCUUGUGCACAGCAUAGUACUUCUUCUUCUCCUUAAUUUUUCCAAUGGCUUCAUUUCCUUCUUGCAAAGCUGUCAUAACUCUUGCAAUUCUACUUGUGUUCCUAAGUAGCUCCUCAGCUCAACUCUCACCUGAUUUUUACUCAAAAUCUUGUCCGAAUCUUUUUGCCACGGUGAAAUCUGUCGUCCAUUCCGCAGUUCAGAACGAGGCUCGGAUGGGUGCCUCCCUCCUCCGCCUCUUCUUUCACGAUUGCUUCGUCAACGGAUGUGAUGGAUCAAUCCUCCUUGACGACACAUCUUCGUUCACUGGAGAGAAAGGGGCGGUUCCGAAUCGGAACUCUGCUAGGGGAUUUGAUGUUGUCGACCAAAUCAAGUCCGCAGUAGAGAAGGCGUGCCCUGGCGUGGUCUCCUGUGCUGAUGUCUUAGCGAUUGCUGCUCGGGACUCUGUUGUCAUUCUAGGGGGCCCUGAUUGGAACGUGAAACUUGGACGACGAGACGCAAAAACAGCAAGCCGGGCUGCUGCAAACAACGGCAUCCCUCCUCCAACCUCCAAUCUCAAUGCCCUGAUUUCCAGAUUCAACGCUCUCGGCCUUUCCACCAAGGACUUGGUUGCUCUCUCUGGUUCUCACACCAUCGGGCAAGCAAGAUGCACCAGCUUCAGGGCCCGGAUAUACAACGAAAGCAACCUGGAUACUUCACUGGCACAAACGAGGAAAGGCAACUGCCCAAGAGCCAGCGGCGUCGGGGACAACAACCUGGCGCCGUUGGAUCUCCAGACCCCGACGAAUUUCGACAACAACUAUUUCAAGAACCUCGUCAGCCGACGAGGUCUCCUCCACUCAGACCAGCAAUUGUUCAUCGGCGGGGCGACUGAUUCAAUCGUCAGGACAUACAGCAAUGAUCCCAACACCUUCAAGUCAGAUUUCGCCGCAGCAAUGCUCAAAAUGGGUGACAUUCGGCCCCUGACGGGAUCGAACGGGGAAGUAAGGAAAAAUUGCAGGAGGGUGAACUAGACGUAGGGGAGAAAGUUGAAAGGAGAGAUGUUUCCUGAAAUGCAUCAACUUGUGUUUUCUUUUGCUUUGAUGUCUUGUGUACUUUAGCGGGUGGGUGUGAUCUGCGAUCAUAUUACCUGACUGUGUUUGAAAUUUUCAAAUAAAUCUUGUUUAACGAUUUCAA